AUGCGAGUAAUUCUACAGAUAGUUUUCGUUGUCAUAGCCUUAGCUGGUAUACAUUUUGCUGAAGCGUCAAGUUCCAGCAAUAGACAAAAACGGUGUCGACGUCUGCCUUUUCUAGCUAAUGGAAAUGUGCUACAAAAUGGACGGACAAAUAUAAGGUAUGAAUGUAACCUUGGGUACAAGUUGAAGGUUUCUGGUGUCUGUCGACGUCGGUCGUGGCUUCCAAAUGUCAUUUGUGAAGGAAUGGGAAAAGUAAAAUGUAAUAAGCUUGGAAUUUGGGAAGUUAAUGGUAAUUGUGAAAAAAUACUGGAUCUGUGUAAAGACGACCCAGUUAUACAGAAUGGUACUCUCGACACUAAUAUAACUUCAAGAGAAUUGGGUGCAGAAUACACAUUUACUUGUAAUGCAGGAUUUAAAGGAAUGGGAAAUGUUAAAUGUAAUAGUUUGGGAAUCUUUGAAGUUAAUGGUAAUUGUGAAGAUUGUUUUUUAGUAUCCAAAAUAUUAUUGGUAACAGAAGAAAAAGCGGCCACUCUCAGUGGCGUCACCGAAGACGAAUGCACUGACCAGCAAUAUAUUGAUAGAAAUUUUACCGAUUGUGGGACGGCUUUUGUUUUAAAUGAUUGUACAGUUUUUCUGUUACCAUUGAUCGAUAUAUAUUUAGCUGACACUUUAGCUGAAUGUAAACAAUUAUGCAUUGCUGCUGCUAGCUGUCUUCUUUUCUCUUAUGCUCCAGAAAGUGUGCUAUGUUUACUAUUUGACUCGCUUUCCGAUGAAUCCUUUACCUUUCAAGAUUUCCCUAAUGCAUCUACCCAGGAGAGAGACUGUCAAGUUUAA